GGGAGCCAGACUGCCUUGGGGGCUGGGUAGUAAAAAGCAAAAGGAGCGACAAGGCUUCACUUCAGCCUUCUUUGCUUGCUUUUGUCUCCGCAAACUUCUGAAUCGCGACCACCAGCCCAGGAUGUGGUGCCAUAAGUUGUUGCACCUACAAAGCAGGCUCCAGAAUUUGAUGAAGAGAGGAGACAUAGGUCAAGCUCUUCAUCUGUCCAACUUUAAAAGUUUAUUUUCAUUAUCCAUCCAUUGGUGCCAUACAGCUUCCAAGUCUGUGAAUUGUACUUGGCACCAACGUGAAGAUCAUUUGGAACUGCAAUAUGCUAGCACUGUGAUGCGCUUUGAUUAUGUCUGGCUUCGAGACCACUGCCGCUCAGCAUCAUGCUAUAAUUCUAAGACUUCUCAGCGGAGCCUGGACACUGCCAGUGUGGAUUUAUGUAUCAAACCAAAGACCAUUCGUCUAGAUGAAACCACACUAAUUUUUACUUGGCCAGAUGGUCAUGUGACUAGAUAUGAUCUGGAUUGGCUGGUGAAAAAUAGCUACGAAGGGCAGAAACAAAAGGUUAUCCACCCUAGAAUAUUAUGGAAUGCUAAACUCUACCAACAAGCCCAGGUUCCAUCUGUUGAUUUCCAGAGUUUCUUAGAAUCAAAUGAUGAAGUGAAGAAGUUUCUGCAGAACUUUCUGCUAUAUGGAAUUGCAUUUGUAGAAAACGUCCCUCCCACUCAAGAACACACAGAGAAGUUGGCGGCAAGGGUCAGUUUAAUCAGAGAAACCAUCUAUGGAAGGAUGUGGUAUUUCACUUCAGAUUUUUCCAGAGGUGACACUGCAUACACCAAGCUAGCUCUAGAUCGGCACACUGACACUACUUACUUUCAAGAACCCUGUGGCAUUCAAGUAUUUCAUUGUCUUAAACAUGAAGGAACAGGUGGAAGGACACUGUUAGUAGAUGGAUUCUAUGCAGCACAACAAGUACUUCAAAAAGCACCUAAGGAAUUUGAACUCCUCAGCAAAGUGCCAUUGAAGCAUGAGUAUAUUGAAAAUGUUGGAGAAUGUCACAACCACAUGAUUGGGGUUGGGCCAGUCUUAAAUAUCUACCCAUGGAAUAAAGAGCUCUAUUUGAUCAGGUACAACAACUAUGACCGGGCUGUCAUCAACACCGUGCCUUAUGAUGUUGUCCAUCGUUGGUAUAUAGCACACCGAACCCUAACAACUGAGUUGAGAAGGCCUGAAAAUGAGCUCUGGGUCAAACUGAAGCCUGGAAAGGUACUAUUUAUAGACAAUUGGCGAGUCCUUCAUGGCAGGGAAUCAUUCACUGGUUACCGCCAACUCUGUGGCUGCUAUUUAACAAGAGAUGAUGUAUUGAACACUGCUCGUUUCUUGGGGCUUCAUGCUUAAAAUUGAAAGCACUGGGAUUAUGAGUACAGUUGGCACCCUGCUACCAGAAUUUUGUAUCAACACAACAGUAUUGUAUCAAAAUUUGUUUUACAUUGUUUCCUUCCCAUUCCAUAAAACAGAAGUUUUUUCUUACUUUACUAGGAGAAACCUGUUAAAGAAAGGGGACUUCUGAGUUAUCUAAUGUCAGCCAUCUAGUAGGGUAGCUAUCUUCCCAAGUUAUAGUAUGAUCCUACUCUUUUCCUAAACUUUUUGAUGUAAUUAUAAACACUGUACUUAAGAAAUGUAAUUGCCAUACUAAAAGGAAACCAAUAAUAUUAUGUAAUUUGUCUUCAGCUAAAUCAGAAUGCAAUGCAUUCUAGAAAUGAUAAAGUAUUGAUAAAGCAACAUGUGUAAAAAAUUUUCAUCUUUUAUAAUUCAUUUGACUAAUAAUAUGUGCUUACUUUUAUUUUGAAUAUAUCCUAUGAUAUUUUUCAGUUCCUUCCAGUUUCAGCAGAUGAUGGGAUAUUGCUUUUCUUUUUAAUGAAUAAACUGAAUAGUAUUCCA